AUGACAUACCAAGUGACAGGACAGUUCUCCCAAUCAACUCGCAACAGUUGCCAGUGGCAGCUGGGUCACAACAGAAAUGAGAACAUGAGGAAGAGUGCAAUGACCUAUCAGGAGAAAGAGACAGUACAAAGAAGAUACGGAAAGAGAAUGGCAAACGAGGACACCAAACUUUUGCUCGAGACCCUUCUUGGAGGUGAUAGCGAGUUCUAUGAAGGCCUUGCAGAUCUCCAAAAGGAUAUUCAAAGGAAGAUGCAGUGCAGAGUCAGCAACAGUGGUGGUGAUCCUGAUGUUGAGAUGCUGGAUGAGAAAUUUGAAAAUGCACAAAUUUUGGGGAAGGAUGUUAAGAAUCUAUCAGGUGCUAUGUUGAAGAAAUGGUAUGAAGGGGGAUGGUAUGAGCUGUUCAAUAGCCAACUUGGUGAACAUCCAGGACUUGUGUGGGAGGAGGAAUUCCAUUCUGGAAUAAUAUCUGACACACUGAUUAUCAGCAGCGACGAGAGUGACACCAGUGAUGAGGAACACAAAGUCAAGCUGAAGAAGGCUUGCGGCAAAGCUCUGCAGAGAUCAACUUCAUCAGCUGCUGAAACAAAGGCCCAAAUCAGUAUCAAAAGGGGUGCCUGCACCACGACAUAA